AGAGCGGGUGAAUUUGAUGACGAUUGAAGCGAUACUCCUGAAGACUAAACCUGUAUAUUUUUAGACAUUUAUCUAUCUUUUCUGACAUCUACUCAACCGCACACAUUUGCUAAAACCUUUUGCUAAAAUGCGUACAUUAGAGGAGGUUCAAGCCACGCUGCAAAUCGCUAAACUCAAAGAAGAGGACUUGCAGACAACCAUCCACUGUUUGUCCUUUGGAGAACAUGUUUCGUCUGCAGACUACUGCCUGAUGGAGCUGGAUGACAACUUGUGCAAACAGAUUGAAGGUGGUCAGAGUCUGGUGAUUCGUGGGGAGAAGGAUGAACGUGCAGUGCUGUGUAGUGGAGAUAAAACUUAUGAUUUAAAAAUUGCUGACACCUCAAACCUUCUGCUUUUUGUACCUGGAUGUCAAACCGCAGACCAGCUCCCUAACAACCUGGACAGCUCUCAUGUGGUCCAUGCUCAGAUCUGGGGGUUUUGUAACAGCUACUGGGAACUGCGCAAACAGCGUCCAAAGCUGAAGAAACUAAAGAAGCUGCUGAUGGAGAAUCCUUAUGAAGGACCUACCAUUGUAGGACAAGAAGAAAUCACAGAAAGCAGGUACACAAUGUUUGAUCUUUUGGAGAUGAUACAAGCCAGUGAAGCAGAAAUCAAGGACAAUUUGAAGGCUAUCCACGCUUGUGAAAUAGAUGGAUACUGGCGUUUGCUGGACUUUGAUUAUGAGGUGAAGCUUCUUGGUCAUGUGACUCAACUGGUGGAUUCUGAGUCAUGGUCCUUCAAUAAGGUCCCCCUUCAAAACUGUUUGGAAGAGUUAGCUCCUCUUGAACCAAAGGAAAUGAUAGAACACUGCUUAAACUGUUACGGACAUCGCUAUUUUGAAAAUGACAAAAUUCUUUAUUCACUUUAUGAGGAUAAAGUUUGUCGAGCCCUGGCUCUACUGUUGCUGCAGAACGCUGUGAAAUUCAACUUAAAAGAGUUUCAGGACGUCUGGCAGCAGAGUGUCCCAGAUGGCAUGAGCACCAGUCUGGAUCAGCUCAAGAGUGUUGCCCUGGUGGACCGUACCUCUCGCCCAGAAACCAUCUGCCUGCUGCGAGUAGAGGACCUGCCAGAGGACACCCAGGAGCGCUUCAACCACCUGUUUACACUGCGGGAAAAAUGGACUGAAGAUGACAUCACGCCAUAUAUACAGGAUUUGUGUGGAGAAAAACAGUCCACUGGAGCACUGCUCACAAAAUAUGCUCGAUGUUCAGUGCAAAAUGGAGUCAAAGUUUUUAACUCUCGAAGACCGGUAGCUACAUAAAUGUGCUUGCUUUUUCCUUUUUAAUUAUGUUUAAAAAUACUCUUAUUAUCUUUACUACAUGUUUUAUUCAAAUAAAACAUAAUUGUGCUUGUAUAA